AUGGAGGAUAUCUUGAGUUGGGAGAUAGACAACUUCUCUGAGAAGAAUGAUGUGAUAAGAACUCCUAACUUCUCAAGCGGCGGCUGUGAAUGGUGUGUUUGUGUGUAUCCCAAGGGACAGUCUGAAUCUGAUCACUUGUGUCUCUACCUGCACGUUUUGAAUCCUGAUUCAUUGAAGCCUGGAUGGAAAAGGAGAGCUAGUUUUUACUUUGUUUUGUUGAAUCAAUCCGGAAAAGAGCUAUACAGAUCACCUGACGCUGAAGAAAGCUCAUUGUUCUGCAAGGAUAUAUCAUCCUGGUAUUACAAUAAGACGCUGCCUCAUUCCAAAUUCCAAGAAAAAGGUUUUCUGAAGAAGAACAGACUAACCAUUAAACUCUACAUCAAAGUCCUUGAAGUUGUUCAUCAAGGAAAGUCAACUGAGAAUGAUAUGAUAGAUUUCAACGGUUUUCAGAUCCCUGCUUCGCAAAUUGCACUACUGAGCCAGAAUGUCCUACAUGACCCAGACUUUGCAGUAGAUUUCGAACCGGAGAACCAAGCGGUCAAAACAAAGUAUAGGAAUAUUCUCCGCAUUGUCGAAACACUGAGCAAGUCUCCGCAGAGCUUGUCUUUGGCUGAACUAUGCAAUGCUCAAAGCGAGCUGGCUGCACUGGAGGAAGCAGGCUUCAAAGUCGACUGGUUAAAUCCUAAAAUUGAGGAACUUUCCGUGGAGUGCAAGAAACCAACACUUUCUGAUGGAUCUAGGGUCCUACAACUCGAAGAUAGGGUCAUCAAUGUGGAAUUGACUCUGUCGAAUCUCAAAGCUGAACUAGACAAGGAAAAGAUUAAAUCUGCUGCUGCCGCCUCCUCUGCUGCUGCUGCCUCUGCUAAAGUUUCUCCGUUUCAGUUUAUAGAUUUUAUCAUAAAAAGGUUCUUUCUCUCUUGCUUCUCAUUCUCAAAAUACUAG